AUGUCCUCAUCCACACCAGGCGGGCGGCGUCGACCACCCCAAGAAUUCACCCUCCCCUCUGGCAAAAAGGUCAUUGCCGCGCUCGCAGACGCAGUCCCAUCUCUGCGCAGGCACUACUCCAACAGCACUGACGAUGUCGAGGUUGUAGUUCAAGGAUCGGCCGAGCACACCAACUAUCUUAAACAGAGCCGGCAGCACCAUGAGAGUCGCCGUGCGGAUCUUAAGGAGCGUCACGGCGCGGCAUUCGAUGAGUGGGAGGAUGUCCAGAACCAAUUGAAUUCCGUAACCGCUCAAUUGUCGCGCAUGUCCACGAAUACCUCGGGCCUACAUGGAAACUUUGGCAAGUUUGGCUUCGACGCUGGUGUAAGGACUUAUGAUGAUGGCCAAGGCGAGGCGAAUGGGUCUGGAGAAGGGAAUGAGCGAGCCGACGAGACUCACCACGAGGGAUAUCGACAAGUGUCAACGAUUAAACUGGCCAAGCGGCCGGUGGUGAGGCAGUGGUUUCAUAGGAAUGUCCUGUGGAGAGGGUCAGAGCAGACCGAGAUUAUGGCCGUGGAACUAUUCUUCGACCUUUUAUACGUUGGCAUUAUUCACAGCAACGGCGAGCACAUGUCCGAGGAGCCGAAUGGCGAGGAACUGCUGCGCUUCGCCGUGACCUUCAUCAUGUCCUGGAAAAUCUGGACCGACGUCACCAUGGCGCUUAGUUGGUUCGAAACCGACGACGUGCUGACCAGGCUCGAGAUCUUGUUCGAGAUUGCCCUCUUGUUGGCCUUCACCACCAACAUGACCAACUGCUUUGUCGAUGAUCCCGCCCACAAUACCUACACCCAACUAGUAUCAUUCUACCUCGCCGCGCGCCUCCUGUUCUCCGUACACUACGUCGUAAUCGCCUACUUGGUCCCCAUGGUCCGCGGCGCCAUGAUCACAUCCGCCAUCACCGUCCUCGUCCCGUCAGCACUCUGGAUCGCCAGCAUCCAUGUCGAAAUGCCCGGUCGCCUAGGUCUUAUCUGGCCCGCUCUCGCACUCGACAUGUACGGAUCAGGAAUCUUCAUCGGCCUGUUCCGCUACGCCCGUAGCGCCGGCGCAGACACGUCCAUGGGCAAGAAGUUGAACAAACUCUUCGAGUUUUAUCCCGCCAUGAACAUCGAGCACAAAGUCGAGCGGAUGAACGCCUUUGUUUCGCUAGUCUUGGGCUACUCCGUCGUAGGAAUCUUGUUCCAGAGCAAUGGCGGGUACAAUGUGAAUGCGUUUCUGGGAAAGGCGGUAUUGGGGCUUAUGCAGGCCUUCUUUUUCAAUUGGAUUUACUUUGACGUGGAUGCGAGUACAAUCAACGUCCACGCAAUUCGGCAUUCCGCCAACGGAGCCGUGCUAUGGCAAUUCGCCCAUCUCCCCUUCGUCAUGGGCUAUAUUGUAGCCACGUCUGCGCUCUCCACGCUCGUCCUAGCCCUCGACGUCCCCAACACCGAGCGCGACCAACUUCGCCCUCCAUACUCGGUGCGAGCGGAGGAGCACCUCAGCAGCGGUGUCCGUUUCUUCUACUGCCAGGGACUAGCAAUCGCUCUGCUCUCAAUGGCAUUCAUUUCCCUGAGCCACUCACACCGCACACCCUCUACGAUGCGUCUCUCCAAGCCAGUCCGCCUCAUCAACCGCGUGCUGGUCUGUAUCAUCAUGUUCUUGCUUCCCAUGGCUACUCAUCUGGACAGCUUGUCUCUCAUUUCCACCACCUUGGGUCUAACGGCGUAUGUAUUGAUUGUUGAGCUGUGGGGGAAGUCGUGUAAGGAUGAGAGUUUCUUUCCAGGCAGACGAGAUGUUUCCAAGAUGCGGGCCAUGGCCGAUGCGAAGAGUGCGGAGGCUGAGGUUCAGGGUACGGAUAACCCGAAUCCGGGGCAGAUGAGAGCAGACAGGAUGCCUCUGGAUCAGAAUGAUACGGCGGCCUUUUGA